AUGCCACAAGAUAUCAGCAAUCUCACACAAUGCCACAAGAUAUCAGCAAUCUCACACAAUGCCACAAGAUAUCAGCAAUCUCACACAAUGCCACAAGAUAUCCGCAAUCUAGAUUGCUUCAAGGGUCGAUGGGUUCUGGAUAAGAACAAUUCUGAAGGAGUUGAACCACUUUUGAAAGACGGGGGUGUGAACUAUCUGAAGCGCAAGACUUUGUGUGCGCUCACCAUUGACUUAGAGCUCCAAGUCGCAUGCGAAGGAGAGGACAAAGUAACUGUCACAGAAGUGCAGUACACUUCCUUUGUGAAUAUGAUCAAUAAGAUGGAGCUCGGCAUGAACAAUGAGUUUCUCGGAUGGACUGAUUAUCAUGAUGAUGCCUUCUCAGUAUACUGCAAGAAGCAAGCAAAGUGGGAUGCUGCAACUGGCAGACUUUGCAUGCACGCAAUAUCUGUGAAGAAACACGAAGGUGAUUAUGACUGGACAGAAGAGCGUUGGGUCGAGAACGGCAAAUUGCACUGGCUAACAACGCAAAACUACAAGGGCAAAAUUACCACAAACCAUCGAAUUUUCGUUCAAAAGGCAUGAUUUUGUGCGUAGAUAUUAAAAUAUAUAGUAAAUGUAUGAAAGGUUGCUUCGCAAGGUACAUUAAUAGUUUUCAUCCGCGUAUACAAUAGAUACAAUUUUAGAAAAAUAUUGCGCGC